UUGGUUUUCCUCAUGGUUUUCCUUCUUUAGAUCACUAUCAUCAUCAUCAUCAGUGAAGCUGCGCCGGCAGAGUUUCAGACGCCGGCGUCCUUCAUGGCCGGCGUGGGUUUUCGAAUCUGUGAACAGUAGAGCAAUAGCACAUGUUGCAUAUUGCGGUUUCGACUGAAAACUCAGUGGUACAAUGGAAGUUAGUGAAGAUACUUUGCCGUUUUCAAGGCCAAACAACUCUCAUGUCGUUACGUGGCUGGAUUUUCUGCUUGACGAUUCCCUACUCGAAAAGCACCUCUCGAGAGAAAAACCAGAUCCUCCUCCAUACGAGCUUGUGAUUCAGUUUUUGGCAAAUGCAACCGAACCACCAUCUCAGGGACCGAAUGGAGGCAAUGUGCAGCAGGGUAAUGGCCUCCAAGGCAUGGUCAACCUUGAUGGCACGCCAAAUGAACCAGGAAAUUGCUCACCUGAGGAAGAGCCAGGAAACCGGAAGUCCCUGCCUCUUAAAUUGCUGGCCCUGAAAGCAAUAGCUUUCCUCUGUUGGAACAUGGACCUUUGGGAGCAGAAGUUACCACUGACAAUGCAGCAGACGUUGAUAGCAGAGCUCCAGAAAGCAGUUUGUUGUUCUGAGCUGAAUGAGGAGGAGAGGCUGACCAAUGCUGAUGCAGCCUUUGCCUACAUGAUCAAGUCCCGCUGGGUUGUACGCACAGUUGUGCGCUCCUCUGUGCCUGUUAGGAGUGCCAAAGGGAUUCCUGUUCAGCUCCCUGGGCAAGUGGACCCGACUGUGGUGACUUCAGAAAUGGCUGAUACAAUUACUAAAAAGUGUGAAGAGGAAUUGGAAGAAGCAGUGGCAUUCUUAGAAAAGUUGUUGUCUCUGCGAACAACAGGCGGAUUGAGCAUACGAGUUCCUGCAUACGAAAGUUUUUCUAUUGUCAAAGCCGAGAUAUUGGACCCCGAACAUAAUUUGGAAAAGGGUGUAAUGGCCACUGUGGAUGACGUGUGCUGUCAGGUGUCAUACGAACUUGGGACAUAUCAUUUCUUCAAGGAGAACUACAAGAGGGCUGGGGAACUUUUUGAAACUGCUCUCUCCCUUCAUCCAAAGGUAAAGAAGAAGUUGGUGUGCCAUUUGAACAUGGAGCGACUAAAGGGCUUCUGUGUGGCGUGCCGUCCAGCAACCACCAAGAAAGCCACCUCUCCACUGGACAAGCUGAAGGCAACCUUGCAUGGCAACUGCAAGGCAACAGUAUCUGUGCUUCUUGAGGACAAUGUGAAGAGAGAGAUUCCUCUGUGGGAAAGGGAACUUGCUGAAGUCUGUGUCCACCAACUUUUGGCCGGUUCAGAGGUGGCUGCACAAGUGUCCCUGUGCAACUGUGUGCGCCGUGUAAUCGAUGGGGAGCUGUUUGUAUGCGGGGCUCAGGUGAACUUUGCUUCUCUUGACAAGGGCUGCAUCAUCUUCCUUGGCGAGGCAUUGAAUGCUGUUAUCCCAACACUGAACGAAAAACAAAUGGGCUUUUUGAGGAAUUUUGUAGGGUACUUGUGCAAUACCUCAACAGAUGUAGCCAAAGCACUCUCCUGCUCUGGUGUGAUGUGCAAGUACUUCCCAUCGGAGCAAGUGACCCCACCAGGUGAAAUCCCACCAAAGAUUCCACUGGAGAGGGUCUCCUUUGCUGAGAACACAGCCACAAAUAUUGGAAGGAUGGGGAGAGCACUUGCAGCUUCACAUGACCCAGAAGAGAUUAUAUCUCUCAUUAAAUUGCUCCAAGGUGUUUCACCUCCUGUUCGGUUGGCAUCAUUAUGCUCACAUUGGAGGCUAACUCGAAACUUGCGGGAGUUUCAUCGGGGCCUCCCACAGCAGUGGCAAGACCGCAUGUUUGUCCAGCUGGCAAAAUCCCUUGAGCUGCGCUCCCUCAAGUUGUUUGCUCCAUCACUGUUGCUGUUCCAUGCGGUGGAGGCAGAACUGCGUCUGCCACAGUGGCGCCGCCUGGCAGCACUUUUGGUGGCUGAGAUGCGCUACACAGAGGCCUUGCAGGCAGCUGAGUCAUUGCCCUUACCAGCCAAUGCCCGCAUGCCCACAGAUAUUAUUCAACUGGCUCGCACCUCCUUACUUGCAUUCUAUGCUGAGGCUGACAAAGAUUAUCGACCAUGUCAAGAGAUGGCUGAACUCUGCUGCACGCUGCUUAUAAACUUGGCUCAGUGGGAUGUCUUCUCUGAAAUUGAGAAACAACAGAGAGGAUCAAUAGGUGUAUUUGAGUUGUCCAAGGCACUGGCAGCAGUCUGCAAAGACGUCUGUUUAAACAAGUUUACUCGUUCUAUUGCCCAAGAGCUCUGGGACCUCUUACUGUCAAUGCUGUUAGCACCAGAAAGCCAGCAGCAGAAAAGGACUACUACGGGCGCUGUCAAAGACGGUGCCCAGCGGGACACAGCCACACCUGUGCUAAGCAGGCAUACAUUCCAUUCUUUUCUGCAGCAACUAAAGGACAACUUGGCUUUGACAAUACUGUUGUCAUGCCUUGCCAGGAUAUAUAAUAUCUUAAGGGAGGACAGUGGGUCUGAGGUGUGCCUGGAGUACCCACAGUUGUGGCCGACAGUGAUUAGCAGCCCAUCAAACUAUUGUCGGUCAACAGCGACUGAUGUGUUUCAUGCCACACUACAACAUUGCCUGGCUACAAACAACUCCCAUGCUGGAUGGGUUAAAGUUUUGGCAGACUUCUCCUAUGCUCAAGGCCACCAUUCAGCAGCACUAAAGCAGUAUCUGACUGCCCUGCUCAUGAGUACUGACUACUUCACUCAGCCCCCGCCAAGGUCCCUUGCUGAUGAUGUCAUGUACAAGAAGAUGGCUCACUGCUGUAGCAAGUUGCAGUGUCACACACAGGCUGCGCUGCUCUGCCAGUUGAUGGAAGAGCCAGACUAUGGUGCAGCAUUCAAGUCCCUGAACGAGCGCCAGUGCCAGGACAGCUGUGACUCGCUCUAUGAGCACGUGUUUGAUGUAACACUGCUCGAGUUCCUGGUGCACCUGCACACACGGCGUGGCGAGUUAGAAUCCCGCCAGAAGGCACUACACUGCAUGGGCUUGCUUGAGCUCAAUGCCAGCAACAAUGAAGAGAUUCAGCGAGAAGCUGCCAAUGUGCGCCGUGGAAACUUUCUGCGAGUCAUGGCUCGCCAGUACCUCUAGGCAUAUCUGUAUUGUGUAGCAUCUGUAUUGUAAAUAAAGUUGACUUUUCUUAAUUCGACCUUGACAG